CCCCCCUCUCCCUUGAUUUCCAUCAGUUAACGGGUGUCCCAACCCAAUGUAUUCUUUUUUUGGCCCGAUCAGUCGAUCUGAUCCACAGGCUCGGUUUCUUAUGAUGGCAGCUGUGGUGGUCGCGCGGGAAUCCCCGCGUUUUAUCCACGUCUUCUCUCUCUCUUGUCUCCUGUUUUGACAUUCGCAUACACAAACCUCAUCAUCCUUUCUUCUUUCGGAACCGUUUGCAAUCCGGGUAUAUGUCGAGAGAGACAGACUGCUCAGAGCGGGCCUUAGAGAACUUCUGUGGUUCCUGUUCGCGUGCAGGUUGCUCCCAUGGCCAUCACCGCGCCCCCAACAGGCCGGAGAUGCUGAAUCGCUCCCAGAAUGCAUUUGCGAUGCCCUCCCAAGACCGUCCAGGCUUGAAUAAGCGUACUCUUCAUCGUCAGCCGAGGUUGUCGCCCCCGGGCCGGCAACGGGAGUCUCGGUUGGCCACUCAGAGCACGGAUGAUGCGGAGAUCACCCGUUCUGAGAAGACAGCGAGACACAGUGAUAUACCCAGGGCGCUGGUGGAUGUGCAUCAUGACGUGCGCAAGAGGACUGUGAUCGCGCCGUCCGAAGAUGCCAGAGUGGCGACCCGACUCGCAACCCCACCCCUUGCACCACACCGAUUUGGUGAUUGGGAACCAACGGCAUUGACUGCACGCGGCCGCCAGAGCUUGGAAUGGGAAACGGAGACGCUGCUGGACCCAAACGGUACCGGUCCGGACGGCAUGGCAUCGUAUCCCUGCCCCUAUAGAAAGCGGAAUCCGGCGAGAUUCAACAUCCGCGACCACGAGGACUGUGCCCGAUCCCCCUUCGAUUCCAUUCGAGCGCUGAAACAGCACAUCAUCCACUAUCACCAAAGGAAACCUGCUCUCCGUCAAUGCCGGCGAUGCAAGGAGCGAUUCGGGGCGGAGGCCGAGCUCGAAGAACACCUGCUGUUGCCCAAGGACCGGAUAUGCGAUGUGAAAGAACCAUGUCUUGAUGACUACGAAGAUGGAAUAACGGAAAAGACAGCAAGCAUACUAGCCGCAACAGAUGGUGAUGAUGCUCGGUCAUGGACCUGGCAGACGAUAUGGUGUCUGUUGUUCCCAGGUGACCCCGAAAUACCAGACGCAGCCCACCUUUGCAGCAACAAAGCCUCAUUCUUCGCAGAAUUUCACCCCGUGGCCGAGCUCGCCGAGGUAGAGCAGGCUUUUGAUGAGGGCCAAGGGAGUCUGAGAGAGGAGCUACGGGAGAAGCUCGAGCUGCUGCUGCCCGAACCUGUCGACCCAAGCUAUCUCGGUUUCCUCACCGGGCAGCUGGAACUCGUAUUUGAGACGCACCGGAUCGACGUCAUAAAACGGACCCUAGCCCGCUGUCGUCCAAAUGUGUUAAUAAGCGGAGAAGAGCUCUCUCGGACGCAGACGCAGCCAGCUGAGCAACCGAGCGUACCCAAGAAGCCGAGCCGCAGGUCCAGGCGGAGCACCGUGCUUCAGGCGCUCCAACGCAGCACUCACGCCCCGUACCGGAGAGACUCCUCGGCAGGCGGAACAACAACCAGGAAUAUUAAUAAUGAGAGUCACCAGCUCGGAGAGCAGUCCCUCCUCCGGAGUGCAGAGCACCACCCCUCUGCGAGGAAACCAUCGCCAUUAUUACACGCCAGAGGCUCCCUCUCCGCCGCCGGCCCGCGCGACUCGCGCGACUCCGGCAUCGGCUUGCCCUGCGACACAUGCUCGCUCGAACCCGGCGGCGAAGACGGCGGCUUCUCGCCCGAGUCGUUCAAGCAGAGGCUGCUGCGGCAGCAGCUGAUGGGUGCUUGA